UGUAGCCCCUCCUGCAGCGUCAGCAGUCCACGCGCUGUUGUUUUGAUUGACGUACCGAGCGGAGUCAUGUUGCUCCAACUUUCAUUUUUCUUUUUGUGGCUACAAACGAACUCUAAGUAAUUGAACAACGAUGUCCGAAAUAUUGAUGAAGGAAAUGGAGAAGAUUUCAAUCAGCCCAUUGAAGCCCGAGGAGCGUCCGGACCUUGGCCGAAGCUUUCUGCUGGUGGAUCAAGAUGAAAACCUGCAGAUCCGUACCGAGUCUGAGUUUGUUGAAAGACUUGGCUGCGGGGACGUGUCAGGCGUCAAGGUUCUCUCCAUCUUUGGCAACACUGGUGAUGGCAAGUCCCACACCCUCAACCACAUCCUCUUCAAUGGUGAGACUGUUUUCUACACUUCCAAGUCCCCCAGCUCCUGUACUGUGGGUGUGUGGGCCGCCUACGACCCCAACCUUAGCUUGGUUGCUCUGGAUACUGAGGGUCUUUUGGGAGCUGCUUCCAGUCAGAACCAGAGGAUGCGACUGCUGCUGAAGGUGCUGGCAGUGUCUGAUAUAGUAGUCUAUCGCACACGAGCCGAACGCCUUCACAACGACAUGUUCCACUUCCUGAGUAAUGCCUCAGGGGCCUACCUGAAACAUUUUACCCCAGAGCUCAGAGCGCUCUCCAGUCGCUGUGGUCUGGAUGUGCCCCUGUCUUCUCUUGGGCCUGCUGUCAUUGUUUUCCAAGAGACAACACACACUCAGUUGCUCGGCCAAGACUCUAAGGUGGCUGGUCAUGCGGACACAUUGCUCCAGAAGCGAUUUCAUGACCUGAGCCUGGGUACAGAAGCCUUCAGCUCUGUGCAAUAUGUGGGCACCCAGACCAUCACACCUCCAACUGACUACAAUAGGCUGCUCGAAACUGUCAAGCAUCAAGUGAAGAACACUCACACACGUUCUCCUCGCCAACCUGGGAUUGUGUUUCAUGCCAUUGAAGCCCUUAGCGAGCGUUUCUGUGGGGAACUCUCAGACGACAAAAUGACCAUGUACUCGUUUUUCCCUGACGAGUACUUCACAUGCUCCUCUGUCUGUCUCAGCUGCAACAUUCGCUGUAAAAAUGGAAUGAACCAUUUAAGAGACAGGGUCCCUCACAUGGCAGAUGGGCUGUGUCAGUAUUCCCACCAGUUCAACAACAAAGUCCUCAUCUGUAAGAGGUGCUAUGAAGGAGGCAGAGAGGUGAUUGUUGUACCCAAGACGUCAGCUUCCAAUGACAACCCGUGGUUUGGGCUGGCCAAGUAUGCUUGGUCAGGUUAUGUGUUGGAGUGCAAUAGCUGUGGUGUAAUUUACCGCAGUAGACAGUACUGGAUGGGAAACCAGGACCCUGAGAGCGGCGUGGUGCGAUCUGAGGUCAAGCACGUCUGGGAAGGGUCGGACACAUUCCUGACCACUCACCAGAACGCUGCCCAGAGGGUCUUGGAUGGGAUGAACUUCGUCAUCCAGUCGGUGUCUGAGUACAGCACUGGCCCCACCAAAGCUGUCACUGCUUGGCUCACUGAUCAGGUGGCGCCACCCUACUGGAGACCCAACACAGAGAUUAUUACCUGUCAUGGCUGUCAGAAGGUUUUUGAAGAAGCGGAGAGAAAACAUCACUGUAGGUCUUGUGGUGAAGGUUUCUGUCAUCCGUGCUCCAGCCACAGGAUGCCGGUACCAGAAAGGGGCUGGGGCAGUGGUCCUGUUAGAGUGUGUAAGGUCUGUUACCGACAGGGAGGGCCGACCGACACCAACAGCGAGGUGUGCAAACUGGAACCUCGGGGCCUCAUUGCUCGCAGAGUGACGGAGGUGGCUCAGUCUACACUGGACAUGGUCACCACAGUGGUGGACUACCCUCUGUGUUUUGUGAAGGAUGUGGCACGACCGGACUACUGGGUGCCAGACCAUGACAUCACCCAGUGUCACGUGUGCUCCAAAACCUUCAUCCCAGUCAUGUCCAAACACCACUGCAGGGCCUGUGGACAGGGCGUGUGCGGCCCCUGUUCUGCACACAUCAAACCUGUGCCCUCUCGAGGCUGGGACCACCCUGUUAGAGUGUGUGACAGCUGCUACGCGAGCAAAGACAGUCUGUGACUGUUCCUAUCAGGAGAACUUUUGAAAAAAGUGCACUUUGUGUUCCUCAGAUGAUCCUCAAACAUUUUGUGGAUCCUGACAUUGGUACUGCAGUGAAACAGGACUUAACAGCAAGAAAUGGCAACCCUGGAAUCGGCUUUGUGACAUAACAAGCUGCUCAGAUAGUGAUCUCCAUGUGUUGUUAAGUGGAUCUGCACUCUACCUGUAAGCCUUCUAUAAGCAACUGAUUUUGUGUCAGCAGCCUAAGUUUAAGCUGAUCAAAUAGAGCAAAACAAGGGAGAUUCAACAGGAACACUGAGCAGAUCUAGACGCCUGGUCUCAUUUUAUGUAAAUUUGAGUUUUGAAAGGGUUCCAGAAAAUCUGAGAGCUAGUUUUAUCGCCCUGGUAAUGUUCCACUGAUCUAUCACUCGUUGACUUGGUAGAACUCAGUCUUAGCAUUUCUUGAUCUUUGAAGGGGAAAAUAGAAUCUUGUGUACAUCACUCAGGGCAGAGUGUAGAAACACGAGCUACAGCAGCAUGUGCCUUAAUGGAAAACCUGACUCCCAUUUCUGCAGCCCCUAAGCUUUGUUUAUGGAGAUUCAUCUACAAAGAGUGAAGAGCUUUUUUGUGCCUGCUUACAGACAAAUGCAAUUUAGUACUAUGUUAUGACUUUACAGACAUUCCACUGUAUGGAUAUACCAUAUAAUAUGGAUCUACCAGUGUACUGAUGUAGAUCCUUUCUUUCUGAGAUUAUCAUACAAGGUGGGUACAGUUGUUAAUAUUAUAAAUACUUUUAGACUGGAUAUCGUUAUUAUAUUUUAAAAGUGCUCCUAAUAAAUCACCUGCAGUGAAAAAUGCAGAUAAAAACACACUGGUAGAAACAUACCUUAUUUCAAAGGGAAUUUGUUUGUGUAAAAUUUGAGGCUGUCUAGGAAUAACAAAUUCCAUUUAAACUAUUGAAAGUUUCACACACUUUAUCUUUUUCCUUUUUUUUCAUUAGUUUUUAAUUAAAAUGCAGCUGGGAUAUAGCAUAAACAACCUUCUCUGCUCAUUCACCUCCUUAACAAUGGUUUUUCUUUUUUUAUAUUUUCAACCUGCAGAGAUACAAUCAGCAGCUCUGCAAUAUGAUAGUAGAGCAUGAUGGGAAAUCCAAUGUCAUAAUAAAGCUAGUGGAAUGAA